ACUCCGGAAUUAAUCAGCGACCUUAAUACAUUAUAUUUGCCUUCAGCUCGCUUCAUUGGCAUGUGAAAUUGAUACCCACGCUCCCAUCCUGUAUAUUGCAUCAUUUUACAUAAAUACCCAAAUAUCCCCUUAGCUUGCUAUUGAGAAAAUGCCAGAGUAGGCUUUUACAAUUCUGCUCUAUUAUACAGCUCCUAAAUACGGAUUCUAGCGGAUCACUGGGCCUUAUCUUCCAAUAUGUCAAACAUGGUGGCAGGGCACGAGAAUGGUAGCGACAAUACCAACCCCGUCCCUUUGAUCUACUUCAUCGAUAUUGGACUGUCUGCGAAAGACUUCAUGGAUAUCUUCAUCUCCGGUCGGAUUCUAGUCGGAACAGAAAACGAAACACCAAUUCGUGAGCUAGUCACGGGUCAAACGCUACCCGAUAGUCUCGAAAUAUUCCAAGGCAGGAUCUAUUGGACGAACAUGGGUUGCUCGGAUACUCAUGAUGGCUCUCUGUAUAGUUGCGACAUGGACGGAAAAGACAUCAAAGUCGUGCUGCCGAAGGGCACAGUCCAUACGGCCAAGCAGCUAGUCAUUGAGCCCCUCAGUUCCAAAAUAUACCUUGCAGAUCGCGAAGGAAUGCGCGUGCUGAGAUGCAACUUGGACGGGUCCGAACUCGAGGUACUGAUCAAGGCAGGGGAUUUAGAUAAGGACGAGGAUGCGUCAGAUCGGAGAUGGUGUGUCGGAGUCGCCGUCUGCCCCACGGAAGGGAAAUUCUAUUGGACUCAAAAAGGGCCCCCUAAAGGCUACGCUGGGCGGGUAUUUCGAGCCAACAUAGAAUUACCUGCGGGAGAAACAGCUGAGAACCGAAGCGACAUCGAAUGCGUUUUAAAUAAUCUGCCCGAGCCCAUUGACCUUACUAUCGCAGAGAUAGGAGACUACCAGUAUCUAUACUGGACGGAUCGUGGAGAGCUACCGUUAGGAAACAGCGUCAACCGGGCCCGUCUCGAUAAGUUGGCGCCGAUUCAGGAUAGUACCGUAAGAAGUUUUCCUAGGAAGGAUUAUGAGCUUCUCGUCAGGGACCUCCACGACACAAUUGGUAUCAAGGUGGAUCUCAAGGCCGGUCACAUAUAUGUGACGGAUCUCGGUGGGGCGUUGUAUCGGUUCGAUUUGGAUGGAGGCAACAAGAAAUCGUUUUAUCUUGGUCAUGGAGCAUACUCCGGGAUCACUAUUUUAUACCCUUGAAUACACGAAUCGGCACACGACCUCGAUACUACGGUCAUCUUACAAGCAUAGUGAGACUGUACCUCAGUGUUAUUUGCUUGGCAUAUAUAAAUUAAGACACCACUGUCCAAGUUGGAACGUAUUGGUUAG